AAAAUAUGCCGUUACACAUCCACGAUGUUAGAUGAAAAACUUUUUCCGGUUUAAACUUUCCUUCAUACCUUCGCCCAAUUACAGCCUGUACUUUUUGAAAGACGGGUUUCUCCACCAAUCAAAUGCCUCUCUGUGCGCAUGUCAUCAGUCCAAACAAUUGCGUCUCAGUUGCAGUUUCGAGUUAUUUGUGGCGCUGUUCACAAGCAAGGACUACACUGGUGCAACAAUGGUGAAGAUAUUCAUCGGAAAUCUCUCUCAAGACACUCAGAAGGAGGAAGUUGAGGCUUUGUUUACUCAGUAUGGCACGGUGACAGAAUGUGCCAAAUACAAAAACUAUGCUUUUGUCCACAUGGAAGACCGCAAAUCUGCCACCAAAGCCAUCCGUGAGCUCCAUCUGUAUAAGCUGAACGGUAGGCCCAUGAAUGUGGAGCCCAGCAGAGGGAAGAACCAGGGCCCUAUGAAGCUCCAUGUAACCAAUGUAGAAAGGGGCUUUGAAAAUGAGCUCCGUGAUCUGUUUGAAGAGUAUGGCACAGUCACGGAGUGCUCCAUUGUCAAGAACUUUGCCUUUGUGCACAUGCCCAAUUCUGAUGAGGCCAUGGAUGCUCUGAAGGGCCUGGAUAACACAGACUUUCAAGGAAAGCACAUACAUGUUCAGAUAUCAAAAAGCAGACCCAGAGGGGCACCCGAGGAGGAGUACUAUCCACCUCCGCCAAGCAGAGGAGGUUAUUAUCCUCCUCGUUACCCUGUGGAGAGACCUGAAACCCCCUACAGAGGCCGCAUGUCCACUUAUCCUCCUCCACUUCCGCCACCCCCUCCCCUGAGACGAGCAGCUUAUCCCGAGCGAGACAGCUAUGGGGUGGUCGAUUACUAUGAGAAAUACAGGGCCCGUCCUUACAGCAGUGCAGGCUACGAUGACAGGCGUGCCAUCCCCCCUCCUCCACCUCCUCCCUCAGCGCUGGUCAGAGAACGUCUCGGAAUGGGGUCCCUUGACCCAUAUGAGCGGCGCCCCCUGCCCCCUCCUCCUCCAUCCUACAUGGCCAGAGACCGAAGCCCCAUCAGGCGAACCCCCCUUCAGCCUGCACCGUCAGCGGCUAAUGGAUACUCCUAUGAACGGUCCCGACUCUCUCCAGUUUCCAGAGCUCCGGUAUACGCUGCUUCCCUCUCCAGGGCUUCCUUUUCCGAGAGAGGGCCGCCACCGCCGCCACCACCACCUCGCUAUGCAAGCUAUUAGGCACCUGAGAGUGUAAUACAAGGUUUAGAAUAUGACAAGAUCGUCGUCGUCUGCUGAUGCACGUGGCGCUAUACAUCCCCCUUGUCUAUGGCGGAUUGCGUUGCGUUCGCCUGAGACUUACUGGAAGAUACUGUAUUGCGGACAGCCCCGUACUUAAAAACAUACAAUUCUCUGUCUACAGUUCACGUGUUCUUCUGAGCUGUAUAUGAAUUUUCUGUUGCUCUGCUUGUUUUGCUGUUCAAAUCAUUAAAAUGUUUUGCAGAAUAGGAUGCUGGAUUAGGUGCUUAGUCUGUUCCAGUGUGAUGUAGCAUUGUUGACGGCCAAAAAGUAUACGCUCUGCUUUUCACUCUUUCUAAAUGGAUAUGGCCUCUGGGAAGCCAUUUAAAUGAAAUUCCAUGCAGUUUAUUUAAAAACAAUGAUUGUGUUCAGGCUAAGGUAGGUGGUUGAUCACAAAAUGCUCCACAAAAUCAAUACAAAAAAAAAAUCAUUUUAGGUGUGCUUAACAUAUAAUACUUUGUAAUAACUCUAAGAUGUGCGUUCAUAUUUUAGCAUGACAAAUCAGGAUUUCCAGUGUGCUUUUGUUCUUUAUACAGUCUGUGUUCUCUUUUCCUGCAAAAACAGAAUCCAUAGCACAGUUAUGUAUGCUUUUAUUUACUUCACAAGUUGCUUUUCACUUGAAAGGUUUUUAAUAAACAAAUGAAACCAAAAGGACGUUUUAACUGUCAAAUUAUUCAACGCUGGGUAGUCCUUUUAGCCUACGGACCUGGCCGAGAGCCACGAUACGCCAGGCUAGAUAUGUGUAAUAAGACGCAGGCGUGCUUUAUGUAUUUCUCUACACACCCUUGUGAGUUAUCAGCUUGACACAUGGUAGGCGAUGUUUAUUUUCGGCCCUGUUUAUUUUCACUGAAAAUGCUGAAAAAUUGUGCAACUUUCAAGUUCUCAGUUUAAAAACCAACACCCGAUUUGUUCCAUUGAAAUUUUAUGUUGAUCUGUGUUCACCUGAGCAGUGUUGCAAUGCUAAGUGAAUGGGGAAAAAAAUAAAAAUUUGGAGCAUCUGCUCUCUGGCAGUGACUCUGACUUGCCCUCUAAGAUGUUCAAAAUUUAUACAGCUCCACAAACCCAGGAGUAACACAACCUAACUUCAGUUUCCUGUGCUCUUGUGUCUGCACUGAAGGUUUUAAGUUGCGUUCGUCGAUUUGCUGUGUGUUGUCCCUGGCACGCACGGACCUACCCCCACCCCAAUAGCAUCUACCUUUACCUCCUUGUGUUGACAGUUAGUGGUUUUCAUAGAAGUAGAGCUAUGAUUAACUGAGCUUUGCAAUGGGUCUUGUUUCUAUCAUCUUUUGAGUUGUUUGAAAGUUUUGACAUUCUUCAUUUCUUUGUCACUGAAUCCACACUUUCCAUUUCUGUCCCAACUGUCCACAUUUAUAAACCUCUAUAUGUGUACCUCAAAUCACAUGCAGCUUUUGGUAUCCUUAGUAUCUGUGCUCUUUGUAGGUUAUUAGACUCUAUGCAGGAGAUGCCAGUUCAUGGUAAGUCAUCCUCUGAAGAUGUCCAGCAUCCUGACGAAAAGAGUUCACAGGCUUGACUCUACAGAGCUGCGGCUGAUGUGGGUGAAGUGAAUUCACAGGACUUUGGUUUUUGAAGCUAAAGGAAGUGGAUUUGGUCCAGUUGGGGAGCUGGAGUGGAUGUCCCAGUGCUCGGAAAACCUGUUUCACAGAACCUACACAGCAGGUUAAGCCGGGAUCUUCCAGUUGUCCUGGACGAAUUUAUCUAUGACUCUUUCACAAAAGCAGUGGUACAUAAAUUACCGUGGAGAUUUAUUCUGUGCAGCUAGCCGGCUCCAGACCAGGUAAACAACCUGGCCUGAUUAAUGCUGGUGCCUUAUCGGUUCUGUCAGCAGUCACUCCAACUGGAUAAAAAUGUAUUUUUAACAGUCUGUAAAAUGUGAUUGUCAUUGUUACUGAUUGCGUUUAUCAAGACUGCUAUUAAUUUUGUUGUUAGAAGGUUGGCAAAUGUUAUUGUUGAGAUUGUUAGAACAGUGGUUAGUAAGUGUAUAUUUUUAGGCAAAUUAAUGCAUUCAGUCAAGCUGCUACUGCCUGCCACGCUUGUUCCAUGAGUGGGUCAUAUGCUUAAUGGGCCUAAAGUAGACUAGACCAAGCCUCAGUCUUUUAUGUUACCCUGGAUUUUUUUAAAUUCUCCUUUUGUGAAACCACCCUCUGCAUGAUUGCAUAUCUGUGCCCCUGCUGCUGAUGAUUCCAAAAUAUAGGGGUUUGGACUUGCAUUGUGUUUACAGGUUAAAUUUUUGGGUUGUUCUUAUGGAUUCAAGACAACUCAAACUUAAAAAUGGACUGUUUCUCACCAUGAAAUUGAUCAAACUGAGAUAUGGCUAAAACCAUAUAGUGUUAUUGUAUGUAUUUGGGAGGCGACAGUGGUGCAGUGGGUAGAGCAAUAGUCUCCCAACCAGAAGGUUGAAGGUUUGAAUCUCGGUGCCUCCAGUCCAUGUGUUGAAAUGUCCUUGGGCUGUGGCUAGAUUUUUGCAGCCUGUAUGGCCUGGAAUUUUUGCUCAAAGCCUGUUUUUGGCCUUUUAUAACAACCUGCUUUACAAUGUUUCUGUUAAACUUUUGUGUCUAACAUGUACGAGCCUACAGCCGUUUCAUGCACUGUAUAUUACUGUAUAUUUAUAGGCAUAGUUUGUUACUAAAUUGUAUUUUACUCACUGACUUUGAUUUUUUUUUUGUAUGGAUUUACACUUUAUUUCUUUUCAGUAUGACAUGUU